ACGAUUUUUCUUGCAGGUCGGUCAUGUGAGUCAUGAGCUCUUAGUUGCAGGGGAAACCCACAAAAUUAUCACUCGAGCACUCAAACCUCCUGUUUUUGAGAUACCAAAUUUUUUGACUGAAGAGGAAUGCCAGCAUAUUAUGCAAAAAGCAAAGGAAACAGGACUUGAGUUGAGCGAAGUUGCUUUGCCUGAGGAACAAGAUAAGUUUGCUAGUAGUUGUUAUGACGAUGACUACAGAUGUGUGAGAUGGGCCAAAUAUGGAGAAUGUGAGAAAAAUCCUGGGUAUAUGUUAAAAAACUGCCAGCAGAGCUGUGAGGUAUGUGAAGAUGGAAGGGUUCUUGACUUUGAUGAUUUGGACCGUGAUGAGGAUGGUAUACUCACGGGAUAUGAGUUCAGUAAGGCAGUAGAAAGAUUAUUUUUCAUGUACUUGGAUGAACAAGAUCUACAAGAGAUGUUUUUAGAUUUGAACGUCACACAGUUUGGUUCAGGCCUCCUCUGCGAUGAUAAUGAAGCUGAUUGCUCCAAAUACGCGCAGGACGGAGAAUGUGAGAACUUUCCAGUUUGGAUGCUACUCACCUGUAGGAAAGCGUGUGGAAACUGUGGAUGUGAAGACCUGGCAGCCAACUGCUCUUCUCUGGAAAAAGAAGGAAAAUGCCUCCACCCAGAUCAUGCUAACUGGAUGCUAAGAAACUGUCGUCGAACAUGUAAAGUUUGUCUAGGAGCCGUGAGCUAUGACACAUACAGAAAAAUGGACGCGAAUGAUCUCUUCAAGUUCGUGAAGACAAUGGCAAGGAAACACCCAAGACAUAGAUCGCGCUACAGUCACACGGCCUGGUUACACAGCACCACCCCAGACCCAAUACAAAAUAAAAUUAUUGACAGUUCGUCACAAUUCUUUACUAUUUGAACGACGUUGAGGAAGGAGGCGAAACAGCUUUUAUAGUGGCUGAUAAUUCAACUCUGAACCAAUCGAUCCUAUUAGCGAAACGAGGCCAACAAGGAGAUCCCUAUAAUCUCAGUAACUACUGUCAAGACGCCAGUUUGGUAAUAGCACCAAAACGAGGCACAGCCGUCAUGUGGUACAAUCACUACCUUGACUCCGACAGCGAGUGGCUUGGGGAUAGAGACCCUUACUCCCUACACGGAGGCUGUGACGUCAGACGAGGACACAAGUGGAUAGCCAAUCACUGGAUACCAGCACCAUAUGAGAAUUACCAGCACAUUCCCAGUAUAUAUCGAAGAAAAAUUAAAAGGGAUCAUGAUUAAUUAGAUUAAUAUUUUAAAUCGUGAUCAGUAGAGAUCUGUGGUCCACGCAAUGGUGCAAUUUUCAAUUCAGUGUCCAAAGUAAUUCGAGGUUUCUUUGGUUUUUCUCACUUCGCUAUGUGAAUACUCCUGCAGAAAACUCGCCCCUAUUUCUCGACCAAUCAGAUUCUAAACUAUAGCUAAUUGCGUUGAGUUGGGUUUUACGACUCUCGAUUGAACUGAUGUUCUCUGUCUGAAUUCAAAGAACUUCUUCACCAGCUAUUCGGGUGAUGAAAAUAUAUAAUCCUCUAGAUUUAUAUUAGAAGAAUUUAUAUAAUGUCCGAUUUGAAAGAAUGUAAAGUUCAGAUGUUUGAUACCCUUAGAACGUGUUCAGGAAGUUGACAACAUUUUUUGACGAAUUCAAAGAAGAAUUCCUGCUGGAAAAUGAUAAAAUUUUUUUAUGAAUUCACAGAAAAAUUGCUGCU